AUGGCACAGAGAAGCAGCCUCGCCGUCCCCUAUGAAGUGCCUGUCCUUGCCGUUUGCUUUUUGGCAUGCGUAGUCACAGGUUUGGAGUUGUCUGUGAAUAACCACGCUGCUGACUUCUCCCUGUCUACGUCGGCUGGCCCUCCCGUCUCCCUCUCCUGCCUAGUACAGAACAGCAGCCAGGCUGAGGAGCUGCUCUGGUAUCGAGAAGGCGGCAAAGUGGAUCUGAAAGAUGGGAAUAAAGUGAACGUCAGUAACAUCUGCAUAUCCCCAGUCACCAAGUCUGACAAUGGAGUCACCUUCACAUGCAAGCUGGCACGGGACAAGUCUGUCCAGGUGUCUGUGAUCCUGGAUGUCCAGUUUCCUCCCCAGCUGACUGGAGAAGAGUCCCUCCAAAUCGAAGAAAACAAAGAUGUUACUCUGACCUGCAAUGCCAAAUCCAACCCUCAAGCCCAAACAGCUUGGUAUAAGAACAAGAACACCUUGAUCCUACAGCAAAAUCGUUACCAGCUGUACCAGACUAGUGAGGUCUUUCAGCUCUCUAUCAAAACAGUACAGAAGUCUGACAACGGGACCUACACCUGUGUGGUGAAAUCUGCUUUGGGAGAGGGGAGAAAGGAUUUCCACCUGAUAGUUGAAGAUAAAAAACCUGUUUUUCCCACAGAGGCUGUUAUUGCUGCUGCCGUGGUAGUUACACUCACAGUACUUUUUGGAAUUGUGGCUCGAAAAGAUAAAAUUUUUAAGUGCUUCAAAAGAUCAAGUGAAACAGCUCUGUAA